AUGCUCGAUCGAGAACUUUCCUUUAAGUACAUCUCCAAAUCUGACAGUGUAUAUGCAUCUGCAGGACACGAUGGCUCGAACAAAGAAAACAACAAGGAGAUUAGGCCGAAUGGUUCCUUUUACCAUUCGGACAGUGAGACUCCCAACUCUAAAGGCUCCAUUAGGGUGCCUGCUAGCGAAAUUUCUGAGCACCCCCCAAACCCUUCUUCUGACCUUCCCCUAACUCCAACUUAUUACUCCUCCCCUUCUUCAAGCGACACCCCUAGUGAUACUAUACUGCGGGAAACCGACAGUCAGUACCAGGCCGAGCCUUCAGAACAGGCGUCGGAGGAGAGUCUAGGGGAGGACCCUGCUGGCCCUAGCCGGCAGUCCCCUAGCUCUGGGGAGAGUUCUGAUGACGAUUCGGCCUUGUCAUCUUCUGAUAAUGCCUCCGUUACCUCAGAGGAGGCCCGAACAAAAGUAAGCACUGUAAGGGAAUCCUUGUCAGUGGAAAAGGGGGAAGACAAAGCUAUGGAAAAGCUCUCGGAAACAAGGAAGCCGGUUGCCGUUUGUGCAGCAAAAUAUCGCUCAAACAGUGGUUCCACCAGGCCCUCUCCCUCCAAGAAAUCCCAACCCAAGAUUCAAAAAACUGGGGCUGGUGAUGUGAGUGCAUCCGGCAAGAACCGGAAGCACAUUGCUCACAAGCCCAAGAGAGGGGACGGCUCUACUCUCGAAGCUGACAGGGAGGUCAGCAAACCGGAUGCUUCUCAGGCAUCGAAGGGUGGCUUUAAGCAACCCAACACUGCUGUCGGCUCAACACGAGAGAAGAGGCGUCAUGGGAAGGAGGAGGAGGAGGAUUAG